AUGAGCCUCUCUCGGUCCUCGCUCCGGGGUCGCUGCCACCGGCCGCAGGGUGAGGACGCCGUGCCGGGGCCCCAAGUCGGUCGUGGAGCGGUGGGCGCCCUGUGCGCUCGCACCCCUACCUGCUUGGUGCCCCUCGACCGCAAGGGGCGGCCUCUGGUUCUGUGGGCGACGCCUGGACCAGGUCGCCGCUGGCUCGUGCGUUCGGGACACGGAGGUGCAGCCAAGGAGCCCGAUGUUGGGGCCGCGGGGUGCACGUCGGGCGCGGUGGGUCGGCAGGUGUGA